AUGUCCGAGCCACCCCCACGGGAUGCGGAGCGCGACCUUUUCCGGGACACGUGGGUGCGGUACCUAGGCUAUGCCAAUGAGGUGGGAGAGGCAUUCCGCUCCCUGGUGCCAGCAGCCGUGGUGUGGCUGAGCUAUGGUGUGUCCAGCUCCUACGUGCUGGCCGAUGCCAUUGACAAGGGCAAGAAGGCGGGAGCUAUACCGAGCUCCGAAGCAGGCCGCAGCACCAGGGUGACCGUGGCUGUGGUGGACACUUUCGUGUGGCAGGCUCUGGCUUCUGUGGCUAUCCCAGGCUUCACUAUCAACCGUGUGUGUGCUGCCUCUCUCUACAUCCUGGGCACGGCCACACGCUGGCCUUUGUCCAUCCGCAAGUGGACCACCACUGCACUGGGGCUUCUGGUCAUCCCUGUCAUCGUCCACCCCAUUGACAGGUCAGUGGACUUCCUCCUGGACUCCAGCCUGCGCAAGCUCUACCCCUCAGUGGAGAAGCCCAGCUCCUCCUGACCCUACCCUGGUACUUGGCCUGUGGUUUGGCCCACUCCCUGCUCUGGUCCAACUUCUUCCUCCUGCCAGGGGAUGUGGAUGCCUGGCUCCCUGCUGUCUGAGGCCCUGGCAUCUGAGUAUGUUUGAGCCAGAUGGAAAUUGAGAGACAAAGGCCUCCAAGAGUGGCAGCUGCUGUGACUCACAGAAAGGGAGACCUGAACCCCAUCUGCUUCCAUGGAAUCCGUGAUACUGAGGGGGAGUGGACCUGUCUUUUGACAAGAAAGUAACAUCCUCCCAUGGAGAAUAUAGAAGCCCAGAUAGGGCAAGGAAUAUAGCCAAGAUUACUUCACAAACUGGAGCCCCAGGAGCCCCAGGAGCCCCAGUGGCUUGGCGCCAUGGCAGUGUGGCUGGGCCGAGAAGCAGCAGACACUCGGAGAAAUGCAGGAGUGUAGUUGCGGGCACCCUGAGGACUGAUUGUCCAGCUAGCCCAGCCCUGGUGCCAGACCUGCUCCGGCCUGGCUGGAAGGCAGGACAGCCCCCG